AUGCUCCGUCUCUGCCUUGCACUGCGCUCUGCUAGCGUGCAGCGGAAGCCGCACCUUUUCCGUAUCGACCUGACUUCGAAACACACCCCAGGUCACCUCUACCUUGCUGAUCGCGCCGUCAAGUCUACUGCUGCGGACCCAUGCUUUGUGUGCCUCGACAACGCCAUGGCAUGUCAGACAGCGGAUUCGAACGCUGCGGUCGUGCUGCGCAGCUGCAUGACAAAGGGCCGGGAACUCUUCCAGUACGGGCGGAUGCGCUUUCAAGGCAUGAGUGCUGCCCUCGUGUUUCGUCACAACCACCUCGUCUUCCAAGGCAUCGGCGAUGCUUCCGUGCAGGCUCUUGAAAUGUCGUUGCAGCACAAGGACAUUUUUGCGCUACUGGGCGGCAUUAGUCCGCAGGAGAACAUACCGGAGUGGGCGCGCGCUGUCGAGAAGGCCAUCGCCGAGGGUGACGUGGAGUACGUUGCGGAGGAGAUGCUGCUGCAGCUGCGGUGCGCCACGGACGGCUGCACUUCAAUUGUGGCAAAGAUAUCCAAAUUCUCAGCAGGUCUGCCGGAGCCGCCGAGCUAUUCCCAUGCCCUGUAG